AUGCCACGCGCCACGACCAACCACGACCUUCCCGACGACCAACGUUGGAGUUUGUACCACGACCUUCUGGAGAACAAACAAAGCGGUCGUCUGGCAAGGGGCAAGGCCUCCGAGCUCCUUCUGAAGUAUGGCAUCUCAAGGCAGACCCUCUCCAAAGUUUGGAAGCGGGGACAAGAAACUCGGUCCCAGGGUGGACGAGCUGACGUGGCAUUGAAGAGGAAGAGUCGUACGGGGCGGUGGCCAAAGCGCACCAUGCACGAGGUCGAGGCUGCCGUCAAGAGUGUACCGCCGCAUCUGCGCAAGACGUUCGCUUCGUUGGCAGCAUCCAGUGGCAUCCCACCGACAACGCUAUGGCGCGUCCUUCAGACAAGAAAGCUUCAACGGCGGACCAGUCGACUCAAGCCGAUGGUGACGGACAAACACAAAGCCGACCGUGUGGACUUCGUUCGGUCCUUUGUUCGCUCGACAGGCAGUGGCCCAAUGCGGUGGGACGACAUGCACGACCGUGUACACAUCGAUGAAAAGUGGUUUUACCUCACGCUGGUGAACCGCCGGUAUUAUCAAUGGCAUGACGAAGCCGUACCGAUCCGCAAGUGUUCCUCAAAACGCCACAUCAUCAAGGUCAUGUUUUUGACAGCCGUGGCCAGGCCGCGCUACGACUACAACCCGCGAACGAUGUGGGACGGCAAAAUCGGCAUGUGGCCCUUCGUGUCGGUAGUGCCAGCGCAAAGGAAGAGCAAGAACCGCGACCGAGGAACGGCCGUGACGACGCCGGUGACUGUUACCAAGCCGGUAUACCGGGAGUAUCUGCUAAAGCAUGUGAUCCCGACGAUCAAGGAGGUUUGGCCAGGUCGACGCAGUGAACCAAUCUACAACCAACAAGACAAUGCGCGACCGCAUGUUGAAGUCGACGACGCUGACGUGACGAUGGCGGGUUGUUCGGACGGCUGGUCGAUUCGACUCGUGGCACAGCCGGCGAUGAGCCCCGACUUCAACGUUUUGGACCUUGGGUUCUUCAACUCGAUCCAGGGCCUUGCAGCACCGUGA